CAAAGGGUUGUCGAACACAGAGUUCUUUCUUAUAAAUAGAACAGUGUAUACGAGUAAGGAUUUGCGGUGAGGUAUAUUUAUUCUACAUGGAGCUCUUGGACUCUUCAGACUCGACUCGGAAGACGUAAAGAACCGCAAGCAUCCGAGUUCAAUUUGUCCUCGUCUGUACAUUAAUCGGUAACGAAUCACCAAUACAUCGCCUUGGAAGUCGAGACAGAACACCCAUGGCGUCUACACAAGCACCGGCCCCAGCCGCCACCCAGCCCCAGGUUACGCUUUAUUGGCUCAAUCACUCGCGAGCGCAGCGCAUCGUCUGGCUGCUCGAGGAGCUCGGUGUUCCCUACAACAUCCAGACGUACCAGCGCAACCAGGACCAGCUUGCCCCUCCGGAGCUCGAGAAGAUCCACCCGCUCGGCAAGUCCCCCGUCCUGGGCAUCAGCCUGCCCGACCCGGCCGACCCGGCCAAGCAGAAGCAGCUCGUCCUCGCCGAGAGCGGCUUCAUCGUGCAGUAUCUGUGCGAGCACUUCGCCCAGCACAAGACCCUGCUCCCGAAGCGGUACCGCGAUUGCCAGGAAGGUCAGCUCGGCGGCGAGACCGACGAGUGGAUGCGCUACCAGUACUUCCUGCACUACGCCGAGGGCAGCCUCAUGACCAACAUCGUGGUCGCCAUUGUGCUUGACGUCCUCAGGAGCCCACGCAUCCCCUUCUUCAUCCGCCCCAUCACCGGCAGCGUCGUCAGCAAGCUGUUUUCCAUCUUCAUCGGCCCGCAGAUCGCCAAGCACCUGGCCUUCCUCGAGUCCCAGCUCGAGACGUCGCCCAGCGGCGGCAGCUACCUCUGCGGUCCCCAUCUGACGGCCGCCGACAUCCUCCUGAGCUUCCCGUUGCUGCAGGCGAGGGAGAGGGCGGAUGAGCUCCGCGCCGGCGAGGGGCAGGCGAAGCUCGCCGAGAAGUAUCCCAAGUUGUGGGAGUAUCUGAGACGGCUGGAGCAGGAGCCCGGGUACAAGCGCGCCGAGGCUAAGAUCGAAGAGUUGCAGAAGACGAAGUGAGGGAAGACUUCAGUCCUGGUUUUUGUGCUGUCCGACAUAGUCCACGAGAUACCCCACUCCCCAUGCCUUUAUAGACCCAUCUAUUUCGAAGAGGGCAAAUGAUUAGAGCUUGCAUCCCUCGGCCGAAAUCAACCCAAUAGUGGCAGAAACGAUCUGCGAAGCGCCGGGCCA